AUGGCUUCUAGGGCUUUGUUAGUUAUCAUGGGUGUUCUCUUGGUUGCUUACCUUGUUCUUUUUAUGGAGGCGGCAACAGCGAGCAGGGAAAUGACUGAGAAACCAGUGGCAGAAGAUCACUUUUCAGACCCUAGCGGUGGAUACCCGGGCGGCGGCGGUGGAUAUCCUGGUGGAGAACCUGGAAAAGGCGGUGGGUAUCCAGGCGGUGGCUAUCCUGGUGGUGGCGGAGGAAAUCCCGGUGGCGGUGGCUAUCCUGGUGGUGGCGGAGGAAAUCCCGGUGGCGGUGGCUAUCCUGGUGGUGGCGGUGGAAAUCCCGGUGGCGGUGGCUAUCCUGGUGGUGGCGGAGGAAAUCCCGGUGGCGGUGGCUAUCCUGGUGGUGGCGGAGGAAAUCCCGGUGGCGGUGGCUAUCCUGGUGGUGGCGGAGGAAAUCCCGGUGGCGGUGGCUAUCCUGUGUUUGGUGUUCUGCCCAAUCGACGGUGCAGAUUGAUUUAUUUGCUGAUCAGGGAAUUAGAGUUAGAAGAUGAUGACAUCUUCAGGUCUGAACAGGGUGUUGAACAAGCUUUAGGGGAGAAAAAGCCUGAAGGGAUGAAGGAUGGUGAAUGGAGUUCCAUACAAAAGAGGGCGAUUGUGUUUGAGGAUUGUGAACAUAACGUGGGGGGGCACCACGUGAAUGAAGUGGUUACGAAGACGUGCGGGUGGCAAGAAGACGUGCGAGUGUGGCCCACAACCAGCAGCUCUCUCUUAUAA